GUGUGUGUCUAUGCGAGUGUGAUAUGUAAAUAUAGGUUGUGUAUGUGUGUGUGUUGGUUUGGUCUCGCGUCAAGAUGGCGGUGGCUCCUGACAGCAGAGUGCUCUCCUACAGUGUUUAUAAAUGGAGCUCGUACUCCUCUACAUAUUUACCCGAGAAUAUUUUAGUGGACAAACCUAGUGAUCAGUCUUCCAGAUGGUCAUCAGAGAGCAACUACCCUCCACAGUACUUAAUCUUAAAACUGGAGAGACCAGCUAUCGUCCUGAGCAUCACCUACGGCAAGUACGAGAAAACCCACGUGUGCAACUUAAAGAAGUUUAAAGUGUUUGGAGGCAUGAGCGAGGAAAACAUGACAGAACUGUUGUCCAGUGGCCUUAAGAAUGACUCUAACAAGGAGACAUUCACACUAAAGCACAAGAUCGAUGAGCAGAUGUUUCCCUGCAGGUUCAUUAAAAUAGUGCCUCUGAUGUCAUGGGGGCCUAGCUUUAACUUCAGCAUUUGGUACAUUGAGUUACAUGGAAUUGAAGAUCCAGAUGUUGUCCAACCCUGCCUUAACUGGUACAGCAAGUACCGUGAACAGGAGGCCAUCCGUCUGUGCCUGAAACACUUCCGGCAACACAACUACACAGAAGCCUUCGAGUCCCUGCAGAAGAAAACACGCAUCGCCCUGGAGCACCCCAUGCUCACGCAUCUUCACGAGCGCCUGGUCCUCAGAGGAGACUUUGAUGCCUGCGAGGAGCUCAUAGACAAAGCCGUGAGAGAUGGUUUGUUUAAUCAGUACAUCAGUCAACAGGAUUAUAAGCCACGCUGGAGUCAAAUCAUCCCCAAAUGUAACAAAGGUGAUGGUGAUGAUAACAGGCCCGGCAUGAGAGGAGGUCAUCAAAUGGUCAUUGAUGUUCAGACAGAAACCGUGUAUCUGUUCGGAGGAUGGGAUGGAACGCAGGAUUUGGCAGACUUCUGGGCCUACAGCGUGAAGGACAACCAAUGGGCUUGCAUCUCAAGGGACACAGAGAAAGAGAACGGACCCAGCGCACGAUCCUGCCACAAGAUGUGCAUCGACUCGCAGCGGAGGCAGAUCUACACGCUCGGCCGUUAUCUGGACUCCGCUGUAAGAAACAGCAAGUCCCUCAAGAGCGACUUUUACUGCUACGACAUCGAUGGCAACACGUGGACCCUGCUCAGCGAGGACACGUCUGCAGACGGAGGGCCCAAACUUGUGUUCGACCACCAGAUGUGCAUGGACUCGGAUAAGCACAUGAUCUAUACCUUCGGCGGACGCAUUUUGACCUGUAACGGCAGCGUGGAUGACAGCAGGACGACAGAUCCUCAGUUCAGCGGACUCUACGCGUAUCACUGUCAGACUAGCAGCUGGAGCCUGCUCAGAGAAGACUCGUGUAACGCCGGACCAGAGGACAUCCAAUCGCGAAUCGGACACUGCAUGCUCUUCCACACGAGAAAUCGCUGCCUGUAUGUUUUCGGAGGUCAGAGGUCCAAAACGUACUUGAACGAUUUCUUCAGUUACGAUGUCGAUGGUGACCAUGUGGAAAUCAUCUCGGAUGGCACGAAGAAGGACUCGGGCAUGGUGCCAAUGACUGGGUUCACGCAGCGGGCCACCAUUGACCCGGAGCUCAACGAGAUUCAUGUCCUAUCUGGACUCAGCAAAGACAAAGACAAGCGCGAGGAGAACGUACGCAACUCCUUCUGGAUCUACGACAUCGCACGCAACAACUGGUCUUGUGUGUAUAAGAAUGACCAGGCUGUGAAAGACAACUCCACCAAGGCUUUGCAGGAAGAAGAACCUUGUCCUCGUUUUGCUCACCAGCUAGUCUACGAUGAGCUGCACAAGGUGCAUUACCUUUUUGGUGGAAACCCUGGGAAGUCCAGCUCUCCUAAGAUGCGAUUAGACGAUUUCUGGUCCCUAAAGCUGUGCCGUCCUUCAAAGGAAUAUCUGCUCCGACACUGCAGAUACCUUAUUCGCAAAUACAGGUUUGAGGAAAAAGCUCAAACCGAGCCCUUAAAUGCACUCAAGUAUCUACAGAAUGAUUUAUCUCUUACGGUGGACCACUCGGACCCUGAUGAGACUAAAGAGUUCCAGCUCUUGCCCUCCGCUCUCUUCAAAUCCAGCUCAGACUUCAUUCCUCUCGGAUUUUCUGACGUGGAUCAGACGUACGCCCAGCGCACUCAGCUCUUCGAUACGCUCGUUAAUUUCUUCCCCGACAAUAUGACCCCACCCAAGGGUAACCUUGUUGACCUCAUCACCCUCUAGCCACACCCACAGCGUAGACCACGCCCUCUUUACAUAGUGCUCAGACUCCUCCCACCAAAAAAAACAAGUUAUUUUUCUAUAUUUACCACCCGAGGUGUGCCAUGCACACCUACUUGUGUUCCUCUUAUAUUACAGAUCACUGAUACUUAUUUAAAAUUCAGAAAUAUAAUUUUCUACUCUGGGGCGCCAGGGUUGUGAUUUUGUUUUUUUU